UGGCAGUCGAGGCGGAGAUCGCGGACCGACUUGCCGCCCUGGUCGGCAAUGGCCGAACAGCGUCGACGACGCUUUCUCUUCCUCCACCAUCACUUCCAUGGCCAUCUAAGGGUGCAAAGGGUGAGGGAGAGGCUCAAUAUACACCACGGGACGCCCGGAACCUCCCCCAGACAAAGCGCGAUUGCGCGGCGUGAAAGCGCGUCCGCGGUAAUUUUAUCAUCAAAAUCUACGCCAUAGGCCAGAGGUACAGAUCACAAUUUCCGACCUUGGCCCGCUUUCCAAGGACCUGCCCUUCGGUCGCGUACCAUGCGGGGAGUAUCAUGGUCUGAUCACCAAGGCUGAUGCAGC